AUGGCGCCCGCCGCAGCUCGACGCGAGGCCACCAACGGCAGCCCGCCCAACCAUCGACAAGAAGCGCGAAGCCAACCCGCACCCGCAGCCAAGAGCACUCACCGGGAGAGCCACCCCGCGCCGCUCGCCGCCGUCCAGGGGCCGGAACAAGGGAGCCCCGACUGGAGGUCGGCCAGCACGCACCACCAGCACGCGCGCCCGACCACCGCGCUGCACGCAGCAGCGGAAGCUCCCGCGCCGCCGGCGAGGCACCGCGCGUCGCCCGCGCCCGCCGGACCGCCAGAUCUGGCCGAGCCCAGACCUGGCCGCCACCGCAACCACGAGCACGAGCCGCCCCGUGCAGCCCACCGCGCCGCCACCAAGCCCUCGCUACCCCGCCGCAAGGGCCCGCCGCCGCGCCUUCACGCCCCGCACCAGCGCGAAGCACCGUCGUCGUCCGCCGCCGCCCCGCGCCAACAGCCUCCGAGCGGGAUGAAGAUGAGCCCUGCCGCCACUGGCGCCGAUUUCAUCACCCUGCAGAACUAUAACCCGCCGCCGCCGCCGCGAUCUACCGCCGCUGCCCCAAGCCGCCGCCACCUCCCCUCCCCGCGCGCCCUCUCCUCCCCGCAGCGCCGCCCUCCCGCCGCUCCGCCCUUCUCCCACCGCCGCACCGCUUCCCCACAGUCGCGCCGCACCGCUUCCCCACAGUCGCGCCGCCACCUUCCCCACGCCAUCGCUGCCAUGUCGUGCAACGCCUCCACCUACUCCAACCACUUGAUCAACGUCCACGCACGCGUCCCCGUGGUCCUCGACGCCUCCAACUCCACGUACUUCACGUGA